AUGUGGCGGAAGGCGGCGGCGACGACUGCCACCGCGCGGUGUCGGCGGCAGUGGCUCCAGCUGCCUCUCCGGCACGGCGGCGUGUUUGCCACGGCGGCGCGUGCGCUCUCCAGCGGCGCGGAGCAGGAGGAGGCGGUGGCGUGGACGCAGGCGAUGGAGGGGAAGUACGGCCCCGGCACCUACAGGCUCUUCCGGGCGCUCUACAAGGACCUCGCGGACGAGAUGCGGCGGGAGGCCGGCGCGCGGCCGCCGCCCCCGGUGGACGGCUGGACGGUGCGCCACGACGCGGCCACGAACCUCGCCGUCUUUGAGCGCGCCGCCGACGCCGCCGCGCGCACGGGCCGUGUGGUGGCCUACAGCCCCAUUGAGGUGGCGAACCCGCCGAGGCUCAACGCCCUGCUGUACUUCUUGGACUGGUUCCCAGUGGAGGUGCUGGUGUCCCGCAACGGCGUCGUCGUGCACUUCUCCAUGGCCGCCAACGAGGGCGGCAUGCACAUGCGCAACGUGCGGGCCUACAGGGAGACGGCGCAGCUGCUCGCCACCACCGACGACGCGACGUGGGUGCGGCGCCACCUCCACUACGACGGCCCCUGCCUCUGGCACCUGGAGCUUGACGUGCAGAACGAGCUGUACGACGUGAUGCAGGACCACGGCGUGACGCUAGACUGGAUGCGGUGGGCGGCCGGCUGGGUGUACUACCUCGAGCACGUCGCCUACCUGCGCUGGAGCGUCGGCGUGCUGGAGCAACUCAUCCCGUCGGCGCAGCGCGGCGGGGAGGAGGACUUUCUCACGCCGGAGGAAAAGGAGGAACUCGAAAGGCCCGUAGAGGAGUGGCUGGCCGGGCUCGACGCGUAG